GGUGUGUGUUUUAGCGGUGGGACUGCAGAGGAGGGUUAGGGACUGUUUCCGCACGCUCGAGGGAGAGUAAGGCCCAGUGACCCACAUUCAGAGCAGCCAGCAGUGUCUAUGUGCACGAGUGGCUGAGCGUGCGCGUCUCCGUGUGUGUGUGUGUGUGUGUGUCUGUGUGUGCCCGGGGACCGUGUAUCUUCUGUGUACAUUACAUCUGCCGCGAAAAUGUUUUCACCAUCGCUGAUUUUAGACAUUUGUCCGCGGCCGACUGUUAUGUUUUUGUCUGUUUUGGUGAGGACCUUUCCCCGCACGGUGUGUGAGGACACACGGUGAGGUGUGGCUCACCCAUGAAGUGUUGUCUGUGCCUGGCAUGAUAGGAUCUUAAUUAGCUUUUCACAUUCCAGAAAGUUUGGUUGACCACCAUGUCUUUCCUGUGGUCUGUUGUCCUCUCAUGACCCCAAUGACCUCAACAGCAGCUUUGACCAUAGAGUACGCUUUCUCUGACCCCUGAGAAAAGACAUUAAGUGACCACGUGCAUAAGCUGUGUUGGGGUGGUCUUCCAAAUGCCUACCUCACGCCUAAAGAGCAAAUCACUGCAGCCACAGGCCUGAUCAGCAGCUACCAUGACAUCAAGCAUAGGGGAUGAUUGUAGCAUCUUUGAUGGGUUGAUGGAAGAAGAUGAAAAGGACAAAGCAAAACGUUUCGAUCGUAGCGUGUCCCGUAACAAGUCUGAGAAGAAGCGGAGAGACCAGUUCAAUGUCCUCAUCAAGGAACUCGGCACGAUGUUGCCGGGCAACACCAGGAAGAUGGACAAGUCCACCAUCCUGCAGAAAAGCAUCGACUUCCUGUGUAAACACAAAGAGAUUGCAGCCCAGUCAGAGUCCAGUGAGAUCAGGCAAGACUGGAAGCCUCCGUUUCUUAGCAAUGAGGAGUUCACCCAGCUCAUGCUGGAGGCUCUGGAUGGGUUCUUUAUAGCAAUCAUGACUGAUGGGAACAUCCUCUACGUCUCUGAGAGUGUUACCUCACUACUUGAACAUCUACCGACUGACUUGGUGGACCAGAACCUGUUAGACUUCCUGCCACUCGGGGAACACUCUGAUGUGUACAAGGAGCUGUCCACACACCCCACCGAACAGGACAACCUUAGCUCCGAUUACCAAAAGACUAAGAACCACGUGGAGUUCUGCUGCCAUAUGCUGCGAGGGGCCAUUGACCCCAAAGAACCGCCUGUGUACGAGUAUGUCAAGUUCAUCGGCAACUUCAAGUCACUCAACAAUGUUCCCAACGUGACGAGGAAUGGUCUGGCAGCGGUGUUACAGCGCUCUCUGCAGCCUGCGUUCGACGACAAGGUGUGCUUCGUAGCCACAGUUCGGCUGGCCAAACCUCAGUUCAUCAAGGAAAUGUGUACAGUGGAGGAUCCUAAUGAAGAAUUCACCUCGAGGCACAGUCUAGAAUGGAAGUUCCUCUUCUUAGACCACAGAGCUCCACCAAUCAUAGGCUACCUGCCGUUCGAGGUUCUGGGAACAUCAGGGUACGACUAUUACCAUGUGGACGACCUGGAGACAUUAGCCAAGUGUCACGAACACUUGAUGCAGUACGGUAAAGGGAAGUCGUGCUACUAUCGUUUCCUGACUAAAGGUCAACAGUGGAUCUGGCUCCAGACGCAUUACUACAUCACCUAUCACCAGUGGAACUCUCGACCUGAGUUCAUCGUCUGUACGCACACAGUAGUCAGCUAUGCAGAGGUGAGGGCAGAGCAGCGCAGAGAGCUGGGCAUUGAAGAGUCCAACCCAGAAGGGACUGUGAAUAAGAUUCAGGACUCAGAGUCACAGCUGAAUACGUCCAGCCUCAAGGAGGCUCUGGAGCGAUUUGAUCGCAGCCGAACGCCCUCAGAAUCCUCACAAAGUUCUCAGAAGUCCUCGUCGCACGUCUCUGACAAUACUUGCACCUCCUCUAAGCUACACAUGGACACGGCCACACCUCCUCUGCAGUCCAUGGCCUCCACCAUGGUGAUUACGUCACAGCGUCGCUCGUCCAUCAGCAGCCAGUCGAUGAGCUCUCAGACCACGAGCCAGAGUGUAACUCCAGGGAUGAUCCCUCAGCAGCAGCAGCAGCAACAACAGCAACAACAACAACAGCAGCAACAACAACAACAACAACAACAACCACAGCAACAACAACCCCAGCAGCUACAGGCAAACGUACAGCCGGUGAUGGAGUUCUCGGCGCAGGUGAAUGCCAUGCAGCAUCUUAAAGAUCAGCUGGAACAGAGGACAAGACUAAUCCAAGCUAACAUCCAGCGGCAGCAGGACGAGCUGAGGCACAUCCAGGACCAGCUGCAGAGGGUGCAGGGACAGGGCAUACAGAUGUUGCUGCAGCAGCCGGGGGGAGCGAUGAACGUGCAGCUCCCUCAGACGGGGUCGGUCCAACAAACGGCUAAUUUGACCAACCAGGUCCAGCAAACAACAAUUAACCCCGUCCAUUCAGGAACUCAGCAGCUCACCAUCCAGCAGCAGGCCCCGCCCCCCCAGCAGAACCUACAGCAGCAGCAGCAGACCAAUGCCCUCACACAGGAAUUCAUAUCAUGUCCCUCCCUCCUUCCCCACAUUACCACCCUCCAGCCCCAGCGUCAGCCCCAACAACCUCCGCAGGCUCAGCCCCAGACCCAGGGCUCCGUCUCUGCUCCGCUCUACAACACCAUGAUGAUCUCUCAGCCCGGGCAGCCCAACAUGCUGCAGAUCAGCACCAGCCUGCCGCAGACCAACACACAGCAAGGCACAACGGUGGCUACCUUCACACAGGACCGACAGAUCCGCUUCCCAGCAGGGCAGCAGCUGGUGACCAAGCUGGUGACAGCGCCAAUGGCAUGUGGAGCAGUGAUGGUGCCCACCUCCAUGUUCAUGGGGCAGGUGGUCACUGCCUACAACCCCUUUGGUGGUCAACAGCAGGGGGGCCAGACACAGACCCUGACCCUGCAACCAGCCCAGCCCCCCCAAGGUCAGCCCGACGGCCAGAACCAGACCACUGUAGUGGCUCAGAGCGGCCAGCAGGGGCAGCAGCAACAACAGCAAUUCCUACAGGGCACUCGUCUUCUCCACAGUAACCAGUCCACUCAGCUGAUUCUGCAGGCAGCUUUCCCACUCCAACAACAGGGCACUUUCACACAGGCAACUCACCAACAACAACAGCAACCACAGCAACCACAGCAACCACAGCAACAACAACAACAACAACAACAGCAACAACAACAGCAGCAGCAACGGCAGCAACAACAGCAGCAGCAGCAACAAUCCCACCACCAGAGGCACCAGCAGCAGCUGAAGCCCCAGCCCCAGAAACCACAGAAAGCCCCGACGUCACACAGGACUGAGAGUGUCAGCAGCCAGCCGCAGUGAGGUCUGGAGGGGAAAACAUUGGGAUUUAAAACUCUGAGGGAGUUGCUGCAUACAUUUAUAUUGCUCACCUGGCUGUUGCAAACCCUUUCUUCCAAAAAAUGUGUCGUCCCAUCUUCCUCCACCUGAAAGAAAUGAAUCAUAGGAAAGAGGAGAGCCCGUGAGUCCUCAAGGAACUCACCAUAGAUUGUCACCAUGGCAACAGGAUUGAUUAAAAUCCACAAAUUGUGAAGGAAGACCCAGUCUCCUUGGAAACCUGACAAAAAUACAGAGAACACCUUAUCGCCACGGUAACAACAGACUGUUUUGAACUGACCUUGUAGAGAUUUACUGUAUGAUAAAAAGAAAAACUUGUAAAUAUCAUAUAUAGCCUAACAGAAAAACAGAAAUGUAGUAUUUUAUAUGAUUGCAUGGAAAGAAAAACGGUGUAAACUUUUAUUAAUCGCUUUUGAAAAUUGAAUUUUUACUUUGUUCAAGUGUUUUCUGGUCAAAGAUGGAGCAAUGACAUGCUCUGUCAAUCUUCUCCCACACCCUUCUCUGAAAAAAAAAAACACGGUUCGGAAAUAACAAGGCUUUAUAGUUCUGCAGUUUGGUUGGGCUUGGGUUUUCUUGUGGAAGUUGUGUUUUCAAAAAUAGCUCUUUUUAACUUUGUAAGUACGAAUUAUCUUUGGCAAAAAAAAAACAAGAUCACAGUUUGACUGAAUUCUUUGCAGAAUGAUCACUGUACGUGUAACGGGUUUAGUGAUUCCAAGUGCCAAUAACAUAGUCAGUAGUGUUUUUUUUGUUUUUAAAGCAGACUAUUCAAAGGCGUAUAUAUAUAUUUCCAACAAGAUAUUACCCCUAUUAAAGUUAAUGCGUGUGUAUAUAGUAGGGAUUAUUUUUUAACAGUCAGAGCCCUAUAAGUAACAAACGGUAUAUCCUCAACCUCCUGAAACUUUAGCACUUGAUGUGGUUGUGUACAGUAAAUCACUGUCCAGACUUAGUUGUUUAUCUGUGGUGUGAUUCUGUGAGCUAGUGUGUGCUUUUGGGAAUACAAUCUUGGUGUGCAUGAGUGGGCAUGAGAGUGUCUGUGGUCAGUGGGUGUGUAUGAGUGUGUGUCGUGAUUCGUGAAUGUGUUUGAGUGUGUGGGUGUGUGUGUGUCCUGUGCGCUUGUUGCCCCUUGUGUCUUACAAUAUUUGACUUAGUAAGGGUGAAGUUGCUGGAUGGUACUUGUAUUCUCAGGAAUGUGGAAAGUUUUUUGCUUCUGCCUCAGUCUGGAACCAGACAUGGAGGGACUAGACGUUGAUGCUGCAAAGACCAGAGGAAGAAGUGUCAGUGUGAAAAGUGCGACUGGUGGCUGAGUUAAAUUCGUCCCAGAUCUCAUUUCCUUAUACAAAUACAAUUUAAAGGAAAAGUCUUAAAGACAGUAAGACUAUCCUGUUAUCUCAGUAUCUACAAUUCUGACUUAACACUUUAAAUGUAAGAAUAAUGAAUUACUUUUCUGCUGAAAAAAUAUGAUGGGGUAGGAUUAUAGAAAAAUGAUUUUCAGCUAUUCAUCCAGAUUUGAAUAGAUUGACUUCAUAGUACCAGCAAACCUGCAUUUCUUCUCACUGUCUCGUGGUCUUCGGUAUCAUCAAUGUUUCUCCUUCUAUCUCUUCCUAGGCCUCAGAAACCCUCAUGCAGUUCAGUUCACUCCUCUGGUAAAACAAUGCUGGGCCCCAUUCCAUUUCUGAUACAUGGAUGGAGGCGGGCUCAGCCCCUCAACUACAGUUGUAAGCCAUAUCAAACAGAAAAGCCUUGGAUUGGAGGAAGUGUAAUGGUUGACAGUGGAGCAUUUAGAAUUUGUUGUUUUGACUGUAGUUAAGACUGUGUGUGUGCGCUUGUGUGAGUAUAGCGUCUCCUAAUUCUUGUAUCACUCGGGGGUCAGUAUUGGUUUCGCCUUGCGAUAGCCAAUCAGUUCUUGCGUUGCAGUAUAAAGAAAUAAUUGUAAUAUUCAAGAAACUUCCUCUCCGGUUGGGCCCAGCAUUCUGCAAGCCCGUGUGUGGGAUAGCUCAACUUGAAUACAUGUUUGUGUGAAAGAAAGUUAGUAUGCAUGUUACCUGUCAUUGUAACCCGUUAUAUUUUCAUAUGGAAACAGAUGUGUGACUGGGAGAAAACAAUGGAUGUUAGGCAAUGCAGAUCACCUGUCAGGCUGUGAAGAAGAUGGGCAGUGUUAUUGUUUUACAAUGAGAGACCGCUAAACCUACACUUCUAACAACAACUACACAUCCGACAGGUUUCAAACGGUAACACUCUGAGAUUAUGUUUUUAAUGUAGAUUGACUAUUUGUGUGACAAAGCAGGGAAAAUGCUUCUCUUUACUUUGUCUACAAAUAAUGACUAGAAGAAAGAGAUUGAAAGGGUCUUACUAUUUGAACCAUGUCUUCCACCUUUCACAUAACAGAUAUAAAUCCUCUGUAGACUAGUUUGUGUUCAAGGCAUCACUCUAAAGGGUAAUGCUGAAAUAUUUAUAGUUUGUGUCACUAAUACCCAGCCCAAAGAAUGUAAAGGUGUUUUAAAGAGACUAAUGGAUGUUUGAUAAUGGAGAACCUUUGGCAGGCUGAGUGAUGAAGGAAAAUGACUGUUGUGAAAGAAAAUCAAGUUUCUCACUACAAUGAUCUACACAUUUAAAAAAGAAAAACAAUCUUAUUGACCGGUUUUGCAUUCUCAAACAACCUUAUGAAUGUUUCACAAUUUCAAUCUUUCAGUUUUUGCAACAAUAAUGUUCUGUUUGGAAAAAGAGUUUAAAAGGUUUUGGAAGAUGAGGUGUAGGAUAUUGGAAAUGCUCCUCACAGAUACACAGAUCACCUUUACACUACACAAUCUGGUCCAAAAGAGUCCUAGUUCUAGUAUUAAACUGUACACCUUCACAAAGCGAAGAACACCAGUAUUCAGUGUAAAACGGUGCUAUGCUUACCUGUACUGUAUGUAUGUGUAUCCCUUCUUCUGCUCUUGAACUGUGCUCCUUUUAUCUACCUAAAAGUCAAAUGUAAUAAUAAUCUAAAUUUUGAAGCAAAAUGUUUGCUAUUAUUAUAACCCCCCCCCCCCCUA